AUGAUCGCCUCGAAUCUUGUGAACAGCGCUGAGGAGACUUUUGGGCGACAGUUGCUUUCCAUUGACGAUAUCAGCAAAAGCAUACCGAAAGGAUGCAUACCACAGUUAAAAUCAGAUGGUGUUGAUUGUCGGAAGAAUCUUUGCUACCACUUGAUGUUCAGAACAUUGGACGGCACCUGCAAUAAUCUCAAAAGACCAAUGCUAGGCGCUGCAUUUCGACCGUACAUAAGACAUUUUCCACCACGCUACGAUGACGGAAUAGGCGAACCUGUCUCUUCGAUAACCGUUUCGCGUCCGACAGCUCGUGAAUCCAAUCGCAUUAUGCUGUCAUCGCCACAAAGUGUUGUUCACGAUAAGUACAACAAUAUGAUGAUGCAAUGGGGUCAGUUCAUGUCUCACGACAUGGCGAAGACGACACUACAACCGUCAGCUUCAUGCAUUUCAUGUGCAGCAGUGAAAUCAAGAUGUAUGUCAAUUCCCAUCGCUCCGAGGGAUCCGAAUCCGACAUUUAAGCAGAGGAGAUGCCUGAAAGUGUCGAGAUCGGCACCAAUCUGUGAUCUCAGCCCGAGAGAGCAAAUGAAUGAGAAUACCGCCUACAUUGACGGUUCGAUGAUUUACGGCUCAUCACUGAAGGAUUUGCAUAAAUUUCGAGACGGACGAACAGGAAUGCUUAAAAUGAGCCGAUUCAAUAAUCAGGUUGUUUUGCCAUUCGAUCAGUCAAAAUGUCGUCGUAAGGAGAGAUGUUCCGCAUCAUUCACGGCCGGCGACAUUCGAGCGAACCUAUUCCUAGGUCUGAGCAGUAUGCACAUAAUCUUCGCUCGUGAGCACAACAGGGUAGCACGCCAUCUUCAGGAUUUGAAUCGAUCGUGGAAAGGUGAUCGAGUAUUCCAAGAGGCGAGAAAAAUUGUUGGCGCAGUCAUUCAAAAUAUUUUGUAUAAGGAAUAUCUGCCAAAACUACUUGGUGUUGCUCAUUCAAAGGUGAUCGGUGGGUACAAUGGUUAUAACAGCAGCGUUGACCCUACUAUCGCUAAUGAAUUCACCACUUCAGCAUUCCGCUUCGGACAUGGUAUGAUUGAGGAAUUCUACAAGCGUCUCGAUUUUUCCGGUAGAAACAUCUCACAUGGUGGAUUCUUUUUCGCUGAGGGUGUGUUCAAGUCAAGCAAGAUUCUAUGGGAAGGCGGUGUCGAUCCGGUUCUUCGUGGCUUCAUGAGCAGCGCCGUUAAACGACCACAUCGUAUGACGCCGGCUAUUACGGAGAAAAUGUUCGGAAAUACUGAUCUUGGUACUUUAAAUAUUCAACGAGGUCGUGAUCAUGGCAUUCCAUCCUACAACACCAUGAGAACGUUUUGUGGAUUACCGAAAGCUAGAAUAUUUGAUGAAUUUUCUGAUAUGAUUUUGGAUCGCAAUCUACGAAUUGGACUAAGUCGGAACUAUAAUACAACUGACGAUGUUGACUUCUACGUGGGAUCGAUGCUCGAAGAUCCGGUGAUUGGCGGUCUCGUAGGCACCACUCUUAGCUGCGUCAUUGGCGAGCAGUUCAAGCGACUCAGGGAUGGCGAUAGGAAUUUCGUCGCUGCCCCUACUGAAAAACGUGGAAGAUCAGAUAUUUGCAGGUUUUAUUUCGAAAAUCCAGGAGUGUUCACGCCAGAUCAACGGGUCGAAAUCCGGAAAUCAUCACUGUCACGGGUUAUAUGUGACAAUGGUGAUCACUUUGAAUUGAUAUCACAGGACGCCUUCUUGCUGCCCGGUCCACAAUUGUCGCCUUGUCAUCACCUUCCAAAAGUUGAUUUGACCAAAUGGAGGGAACAAUAG